AUGUGGUUUAAAUUAUUUAAAAUACCAUUAUCAGAUAAGAUGAUAACAUAUGGAUUAGCAGCACAAACAUUACUUGGAUUUCCAAGUAAUAUUAAUUCAAGUUUAAUUGGUAUUGUAAGUGGUGUAGUUGCAAGUUCUAAAAUUUUAGGAUUACCAAAUUUGAAUAUACCAAGAGGUGUAAGUUCAUUAUUUUCAAGAUUAUUCUUACCAUUACUUCAAUCUGCACCACCAACAACCUCAUAUAGAUCAACAUUGGAAAGAAAUCAAAGACAAAGACAAGCAACCAUGGGUGCCGAUAAUCCAUUAUAUGCUUUUCAACAACAAUUACAACAAUUACAACAACAACAACAAAUACAUCAACAACCAACAAUCCCACCAACUCCACCAUCCGAAGAGAAUAUUCAAAUUUUAGAAAAUAUGGGCUUUCCAAGAUCACGUGCUAUCGAAGUUUUAACAAGAACAAAUAAUAAUAUUAAUGAAGCUGCUUCAAUCAUUUAA